AUGAGAGACCCGGUGUGGCGCAGGGUUCUAGAGAUCAAUGAGAGGAUUUACAGAGUCCUCACACUAGAGUUCAUUUGCACCCUGCCGACCAAAUUCGUCAAGGGAGCUGCUUUAGAGGACAACCCCCUGAUCAGCUUCAGUUUGGGAGGGGUAGAGAGGAAGAUGACGAUGAGAGAGUUCACUUUCUCUCUCAACAUCUACCCUCCGGAGUUCAUCACCGACUGCAACUCCUACAUCUCUUUGAAGAUAGAAGCUGAGCUUCACUUUCCUCAUGAAUUCUAUUAG